AUGCCUGCCGCCAAAGUAAAGGACGUACAGCCGAGCAAGCGCGUGCUUGUCGAUGCACCGUCUUCCCGCCAAAAUAUCCAGACAGACAAUGCCUCUAAGCGCAGGAAGCUCAAUGGCGGACCCAAGAACUUCAAGACACCGGGUGGGCCCAACUCUAGUCAAGUCAAGAGCCAGUUCGAGGAGGAAGUACUCGAGAAGUUGACUCAAGAUCUUGAUGACCUCAAGCAACACAACGCCGAGAAAGACCAACAAUGGGCUCGUCCGAGUCUCGACGACUUCGAUGAGACGAGAGACAACCUGUGCUUCCAGCAGAUUGAAGUCGAGGAGGGCACUCUCCAUGGUGGAAAGACCUGUGUCAAGCUGUUUGGUGUUACAGAGACCGGCCAUUCUGUCCUGCUACACGUCACCGAUUUCAUGCACUACCUCUACGUAGCAGCACCUCCGUCGUUCCAACAGAGCGACUGCGAGGCCUUCAAAGCAUAUCUCGAAACCCACCUCGCUCAGCACCAGCCCGUCAUCUACUCGGUACAGAUGGUCCUUCGCGAGAACCUGUACGGCUUCCAGGGCAAUCAGAAGAGCCCCUAUCUCAAGAUUACCGUCACCGAUCCCAAACACAUCAACAAGCUGAGAACGUCAAUAGAGAGUGGUAGUGCCAACUUCAAGGGCUUCUGGAAAGGUGCAGAUGGCGGUGUUCUCACCUUUGACAGCAUCCAAUAUGUGCUCCGUUUCAUGAUCGACACAAAGGUAUCAGGAAUGUCCUGGGUCGAAACUCCCGCGUCAAAGUACACCAUGAUCCCCGCUCGCGACAGGCAUUCCAACUGCCAGAUCGAGGCCUAUUGCCAUUACAGAGACCUCAUCGCCCACCCUGCCGAAGGAGAAUGGGCCAAGAUGGCGCCUCUGCGAACUCUUUCGUUUGAUAUCGAGUGCGCUGGCCGCAAAGGCAUCUUCCCGGAGGCCAACGUGGAUCCCGUCAUUCAGAUCGCGAACGUCGUCACAAGAUACGGUGAAGAGAAGCCAUUCGUGCGCAACGUUUUCUGCUUGGACACAUGCAGUCUGAUCGUCAACACGCAAAUCUUUGAGUUCGCAGAUGAGGACAAGAUGUUGAUGGCCUGGCGAGACUUCCUGGAGAAAGUUGACCCCGAUGUUAUCAUUGGCUACAACAUCUCAAACUUCGACUUCCCUUACCUACUAGACAGAGCGAAACAUCUCAAGGUCGGAAAGUUCCCGUUCUGGUCAAGACUGCGCAACGUGCAGUCUGUCGCCAAAGACACGAACUUUUCGAGCAAACAGAUGGGAAACAGAGACACAAAGGCAACCAACACCAACGGACGUCUGCAGCUCGAUCUUCUCCAGCUGAUCCAGAGAGAUCACCAACUUCGAAGUUACACUCUCAAUUCAGUAUGUGCCCACUUCCUGAACGAGCAGAAAGAAGAUGUCCACCACACCAUGAUCACCGAGCUUUUCAACGGAACGCCAGAGUCACGGCGUCGAUUAGCAGUCUAUUGUUUGAAAGAUGCCUACCUUCCACAGCGCCUUAUGGACAGACUUCUGUGUCUUGUCAAUUACACUGAGAUGGCCAGAGUCACAGGUGUGCCCUUCAAUUAUCUCCUCUCUCGUGGUCAGCAAGUCAAGUUCAUCAGUCAACUCUUCAGAAAGGCUCUGGAACAACAGCUUGUCAUUCCCAACCUUCGCAGUGAAGGAACAGAUGAGCAGUACGAAGGUGCCACAGUCAUUGAGCCUACCAGGGGUUACUACGAUGUGCCAAUUGCUACAUUGGAUUUCGCUUCUCUGUAUCCAAGUAUCAUGCAGGCUCACAACUUGUGCUACACAACUCUGCUCAACAAGAACGCCGUUGAUAAGCUGGGCUUUGUGAAAGACGAAGAUUACAUCGUCACGCCAAACGGCGAUCUCUUCUGUACGGCGAAGAUUCGUAAAGGUCUUCUUACGCAGAUUCUCGAAGAACUCUUGGGUGCCAGAAAGCGAGCCAGAAAGGAACUGGCUGUUGAAACAGACCCUUUCAAAAAGGCCGUCCUGAACGGUAGACAACUGGCUCUGAAAAUCAGUGCGAACAGUGUCUACGGUAUCACGGGUGCAACAGUCGGUAAACUUCCUUGUCUUGCCAUCGCCUCAAGUACCACAUCCUAUGGUCGUCAAAUGAUCGAAAAGACCAGAGACGAGGUCCAGAAGCGCUACACUAUUGCCAACGGAUACACCCACGACGCAGAGGUCAUCUACGGUGACACUGAUUCGGUCAUGGUCAAGUUUGGUCCCAAUGAUCUUGCAAAGGCCAUGGAGUUGGGAGAAGAAGCAGCCAACUACGUCUCUUCCAAAUUCAUCAAGCCCAUUAAGCUAGAAUUCGAGAAGGUCUACUUCCCAUACCUGCUGAUCAACAAGAAACGUUACGCUGGACUGUACUGGACAAACCCAAACAAAUGGGACAAGAUGGACAGCAAAGGUAUCGAGACUGUUCGAAGAGACAAUUGCCGACUCGUACAGACGGUCAUCGAGACAAGCUUGCGCAUGCUGUUGAUCGAUCGUGAUGUUCAGGGUGCACAAGAUUUCGUCAAAGAGACUAUUGCCGAGCUGUUGCAGAACAAAGUAGAUAUGUCCAACUUGGUGAUUACCAAGGCAUUGACCAAGAAUGACUACGCUGCAAAACAGGCUCACGUGGAGCUCGCCGAGCGUAUGAAGAAGCGUGACGCUGGUUCGGCACCUGCACUCGGUGAUCGUGUCGCAUAUGUCAUGGUCAAGGGUGCAGCGGGCGCAAAGAACUAUGAGAAGUCCGAAGACCCCAUCUUUGUGCUCGAGAACAACCUGCCCAUCGACACAAGAUACUACCUCGACAACCAGCUUGCCAAGCCUCUUGGUCGUAUUUUCGAGCCUAUCUUGGGCGAGAAGAAGGCAGGUCAGCUUCUUACUGGCGAGCAUACUCGAUCCAUCAGUGUCGCCGCUCCAACCAUGGGUGGUCUGAUGAAAUUCGCCAAGAAGACCGAGACGUGUAUGGGUUGCAAGAAGCCUCUGACCGGCAAAGACGAAAAAGGCGGUGCCGUCUGCGAAAACGACCGUGACCGCCUUGGUGAACUGUACCAGAAGACGUUGAGCAAGGUCGCCGAACUCGAAGUCCGCUUUGCCCGUCUCUGGACCCAAUGUCAAAGAUGCCAGGGCAGUAUGCACAAUGAAGUCAUUUGCUCGAGUAGAGAUUGCCCGAUCUUCUACAUGCGUAUGAAGGCCAAGAAGGAUGUUGAGGAUUCUGGCAAGGAGCUUGUUCGCUUCGACAAUGAUGGAGCUUUGUGGUAA